AUGGAUGAUAAAAAACUUAAGACUGAAGGAGCACCAGCUAGCCUUCGGCCGGGCCUCGUAGAGGCUCAACAAGUGAUUUCAACAAUUAAAAUAAGACAAAACCAAAUAAGACCCAAGGCGUAUCGCAGCUGGAAAAAAAAACUUGCUGAACACAACAGAAGAGUGAGAGAGGAAAGGAAGAGGAAGAAAGGAGGUUCAAAGCAACCCGAAGAUCCUAAGGAUCCAGGCCCAGAGGGGCAAGCACCACAUGUAAUGUCUGAUAAUAAGCUUGUGGAAACAUUGACCGAUUCAGCUACAUUGACUGGAUUGGCUUCUGGACUUGAAUGGGUUGCAAAGAAAGUCAUUAAAGAACCCUUGACUUUUGGUUUUAGUUCAAAUCUCAUGAACUAUGUGAAGUUCACCAUCAUGUUAAACUCUGGACAAUGGAGCAUAGUUACUCAAGACGGGAAUGGUGAACCUGACGAGUGUAGCUUGCAAGUAGGUGGACACCACAUGAGGAAAAAACCUACAGAAGGUGGAGUGGACUACAACACACAACCUGAGGUGGAAGACCACGAUUCUGUCUUUGAAAACCGUAAGGACUCUUCAACUCCUCAGCCAGGUCCCAAAAAAGAGGAGGACAAGGUAAUUUAUCAUGAACCAACGAAUAACAAUUGGACACCUAGUCGAGAAUUGGAACAGGAUGAAAAACCACCUCUGGAGGAGUUGGAUUGUGACCUAUCCAAGAAUGGAGCACAAAUGUACAGUGAGGGAGGAGUCCUUUCAGGUGGUUGUAUUGAAUACGUAACCAACAAUUUCAGAGUGGACCCCCAAACUAUGCAGGGACCGUUAAUACUAAUUCUACCGAAAGAUGUGGUUGAUGAAACACCUCGUUCUGAAAUACGUUGUAAAUUCAACUUUGACCCUCAAGCAAGAAGAGAGGCCGAAAACUUGUUAACAAAGAACCAGAAGAGUCUCGAUCUGAAGCGUGAAGAAUUCAGAGAGAGCGUGCAGAUGAAGGUGACCCAGCUUGAGAGGGAUCAGAUAGAAUUGUAUGACCUUAAGGAGAAAGCGAGGAACAGUACAACCCAGCAACAACCACAAAUGGAAGAUCACGAUAAAGUAAAAAUGGGUAAGAUUGUAGGAAAGUGCGACGCACAGGGGAAAGACACAGAUCAUCUCGAAACAAAAACCGAGAAGUCAGUGCACCCCGGAUCUCAGUUGGAAGAGAGCGAUGAUCUCAGAAAUAAGAUGGGGAAGGCAUUGCUUCAGAAAAGGAAAAGAAGAGAAAAUGAACAACUAGCAGAGGUGAUUGAGCGAAUCAUCGCAGAGAAAGUGGAAGAGAAAGUAACCCAGAGCAAAUCACAAUCAGAGGAGUACGAUCAACUCAGGCAACAGAUGGAAAAUGAGUUACGCCGGUGUGAGUUGCAAUCGGAAGAAUUCGGUCGUCUGAAAAGGGAGGUGCAGGAUAAUCUAUUGAAGAGCGAGUCACAAUUGAAAGAAAACGGUCGUCUUAAACAGCAGCUAGAGCAGAAGAUACACGAUAGCGAGGCACAAAUGGAAGAAAACGCUCAGCUCAGAGGAAAGAUGGAGGAGAAAAUAUACCAGUGCGAGUCCCUGCUGGAAGAAAACGGUCGUCUGAAAGAGCAGAUAGAGGAGAAGAUGCACCAGACUGAGUCUGAGAGGGACGCAAACGGUCGUCUUAAACAGCAGUUAGAGCAGAAGAUACACGAUAGCGAGGCACAAAUGGAAGAAAACGCUCAGCUCAUAGGAAAGAUGGAGGAUAAAAUAUACCAGUGUGAGUCCCUGCUGGAAGAAAACGGUCGUCUGAAAGCGCAGAUAGAGGAGAAGAUGCACCAGACUGAGUCUGAGUCGGACGCCAACGGUCGUCUUAAACAGCAGUUAGAGCAGAAUAUACACGAUAGCGAGGCACAAAUGGAAGAAAACGCUCAGCUCAUAGGAAAGAUGGAGGAUAAAAUAUACCAGUGUGAGUCCCUGCUGGAAGAAAACGGUCGUCUGAAAGAGCAGAUAAAAGAGAAGAUGCGCCAGAGUGUGUCUGAGUCGGACGCAAAUGGUCGUCUUAAACAGCAGUUGGAGCAGAAGAUACACGAAAGCGGGGCACAAAUAGAAGAAAACGCUCAGCUUAUGGGAAAGAUGGAGGAGAAAAUAUACCAGUGCGAGUCCCUACUGGAAGAAAACGGUCGUCUGAAAGAGCUGAUAGAGGAGACGAUGCGUCAGAGGGAGUCUGAGUCGGACGCGAACGGUCGUCUUAAACAGCAGUUAGAACAGAAGAUACACGAUAGCGAGGCACAAAUGGAAGAAAACGCUCAGCUUAUAGGAAAGAUGAAGGAUAAAAUAUACCAGUGCGAGUCCCUGCUGAAAGAAAACGGUCAUCUGAAAGAACAGAUAAAAGAGAAGAUACGCCAGAGUGUGUCUGAGUCAGACGCAAACGGUCGUCUUAAACAGCAGUUAGAGCAGGAGAUACACGAGAGCAAGGCACAAAUAGAAGAAAAUGCUCAGCUCAGGGGAAAGAUGGAGGAUAAAAUAUACCAGUGCGAGUCCCUGCUGGAAGGAAACGGUCGUCUGAAAGAGCAGAUAGAGGAGAAGAUGCACCAGACUGAGUCUGAGUCGGACGCCAACGGUCGUCUUAAACAGCAGUUAGAGCAGAAUAUACACGAUAGCGAGGCACAAAUGGAAGAAAACGCUCAGCUCAUAGGAAAGAUGGAGGAUAAAAUAUACCAGUGUGAGUCCCUGCUGGAAGAAAACGGUCGUCUGAAAGAGCAGAUAAAAGAGAAGAUACGCCAGAGGGAGUCUGAGUCAGACGCAAACGGUCGUCUUAAGCAGCAGUUAGAGCAGAAGAUACACGAUAGCGAGGCACAAAUAGAAGAAAGCGCUCAGCUCAGAGGAAAGAUGGAGGAUAAGAUAUACUGGAGCGAGUCCCUGCUGCAAGAAAACAGUCUUCUAAAAGAGCAGAUAGAGGAGAGGAUGCGCCAGACUGAGUCUAAGUCGGACGCAAACGGUCGUCUUGAACAGCAGUUACGGGAGAAGAUACACGAGAGCAAGGCACAAAUGGAACUAAACGCUCAGCUCAGGGGAAAGAUGGAGGAGAAAAUAUACCAGUGCGAGUCCCUGCUGGAAAGAAACGGUCGGGUUAAAGAGCAGAUAGUAGUGAGGAUAUGCCAGAGUGAGUCUGAGUCGGACGCAAAUGGUCGUCUUAAACAGCAGUCAGAGCAGAAGAUUCACGAUAGCGAGGCACAAAUGGAAGAAUAUGCUCAGCUCAGAGGAAAGAUGAAGGAGAAAGUACACUGGAGCGAGUCCCUGCUGGUCGAAAACAGUCGUCUGAAAGAUGAAAUAGAAGACAAGAUGCGCCAGAGUGUGUCUGAGUCGGACGCAAACGGUCGUCUUAAACAGCAGUUAUGGGAGAAGAUACACGAGAGCAAGGCACAAAUAGAAGAAAACGCGCAGCUCAGGGGAAAGAUGGAGAAAAUAUACCAAUGCGAGUCCCUGCUUGAAGAUAACGGUCGUCUUAAAGAGCAGAUAGAGGUAAGGAUAUGCCAGAGUAAGUCUGAGUCGGACGCAAACGGUCGUCUUAAACAGUUAGAGCAGAAGAUCCAUGACAGAGAGGCUCAAAUGGAAGAAAACGCUCAGCUCAUAGGAAACAUGGAGGAAAAAAUUUACUGGUGCAAGUCCCUCCUGGAAGAAAACGGUCGUCUGAAAGAUCAGAUAGAGGAGAAGAUUAGCCAGAAGCAGAUAGAGGAGAAGAUGCACCAGAGGGAGUCUGAGUCGGACGCAAACGGUCGUCUUAAACAGCAGUUAGAGCAGAAGAUACACGAUAGCGAGGCACAAAUGGAAGAAAACCGACAGCUCAGAGGAAAGAUGGAGGAGAAAAUAUACCAGUGCGAGUCCCUGCUGGAAGAAAACGGUCGUCUGAAAGAUCAGAUAGAGGAGAAGAUUCGCCAGAGUGAGUCUGAGUCGGACGCACAUGGUCGUCUUAAACAGCAGUUAGAGCAGAAGAUACGAGAAAGCGAGGCACAAAUGGAAGAAAACGCUCAGCUCAGAGGAAAGAUGGAGGAGAAAAUAUACCAGUGCGAGUCCCUGCUGGGAGAAAACGGUCGUCUGAAAGAGCAGAUAGAGGAGAACAUACGCCAGAGUGAGUCUGAGUCGGACACAAAUGGUCGUCUUAAACAGCAUUUAGAGCAGAAGAUACACGAUAGCGAGGCACAAAUGAAAGAAAACGCUCAGCUCAGAGGAAAGAUGGAGGAGAAAAUAUACCAGUGCGAGUCCCUGCUGGAAGGAAACGGUCGUUUUAAACAGCAGUUAGAGCAGAAGAUACACGAGAGCGAGGCACAAAUGAAAGAAAACGCUCAGCUCAGAGGAAAGAUGGAGGAGAAAAUAUACCAGUGCGAGUCCCUGCUGGAAGAAAACGGUCGUCUUCAUCAGCAAAUUGAGGAGAGGACUCGCCAGAGUGAGUCUGAAUCGGAUGCGAACGGUCGUCUUAAACAGCAGUUGGAGCAGAAGAUGCACCAGAGUGAGUCUGAAUUUGAAGAAAGCCAUCGUCUCAAACAGCAGAUGGAGGAAAACGUACACCGGAGUGAGUCUCAGUUAGAGGAAAACAAUCGUCUUAAGCAGGAAUUAGAGCGGAUAUUACACCAAAGCGUGUUCCAGUUGCAGGAAAACGAUCGCCUUAAACAGCAGAUGGAACAGAAGAUACACCAGAGCGGGGAUGUAUACAACGUCAAAAACUUACGUCAAAUGGUCAUUAAACAUGUCGACAAACUGCGCAAUCUUUCUCGCGGUCUUGGCGACCUUAAUCAAAGGUUCCAACGGAGUGACGCACAGUUAAAUGGAAAGGUUGUUGAGUUAGAGCGAGUGAUUAAUGAUCUACGUGUGAAAUUUAACGUUAACUGUGGACCUAUUGUGCCAGGCACUCCCUAA